CAGCCUCUGCACCCCAAGCUCCCGGCUCUGGGUCUGGCCCACGGAGGCGACGCUCCCCACCCCCACCCUCAGCCCCGGAGAGGAGAGACUGUCCUUCCCCAUCCUGAGUGCAGGACCCCGGGCUGAGAGUGCCCCGCAGCCAGGGCUGCUGCAAGAGCCACUGCCCCUCCCUCGGUCCAGGGAAGGGCCUGGCCAGCCACAACUUCUUUCCCCCCAGACGCCCCCUCUGUCGCUGCGCCCUGCAACUCCCACCCCCGCGUAUUUAUUUGUGUUUCCCUGGCCCCCUGCCAGCCCCUCCAUCUCCGCAUCAGGAUUCAGGCCUCCCUUUCUGACAUGGAGAGUAACCUGUCUGGCCUGGUGCCUGCUGCUGGUCUGGUGCCUGCGCUGCCACCGGCCGUGACCCUGGGGCUGACUGCGGCCUACACCACCCUGUACGCCCUGCUCUUCUUCUCCGUGUAUGCCCAGCUCUGGCUGGUGCUCCUGUACGGACACAAGCGCCUCAGCUACCAGACGGUGUUCCUGGCACUCUGUCUGCUCUGGGCUGCUUUGCGCACCACCCUCUUCUCCUUCUACUUCCGAGACACCCCCCGGGCCAACCGCCUGGGGCCCCUGCCCUUUUGGCUUCUCUACUGCUGCCCCGUCUGCCUGCAGUUCUUCACACUGACGCUCAUGAAUCUCUACUUUGCCCAGGUGGUGUUCAAAGCCAAGGCGAAACGUCGGCCCGAGAUGAGCCGAGGCUUGCUGGCUGUCCGAGGGGCCUUCGUGGGGGCCUCGCUGCUCUUCCUGCUGGUGAAUGUGCUGUGCGCGGUGCUGUCCCGCCGGCGCCCGGCGCAGCCCUGGGCCCUCCUGCUGGUGCGCGUCCUGGUGAGCGACUCCCUGUUCGUUAUCUGCGCGCUCUCUCUUGCCGCCUGCCUCUGCCUUGUUGCCCGGCGGGCACCCUCCACCAGCAUCUACCUGGAGGCCAAGGGGACCAGUGUGUGCCAGGCGGCUGCCAUGGGCGGUGCCAUGGUCCUGCUCUAUGCCAGUCGGGCCUGCUACAACCUGGCGGCCCUGGCCUUGGCUCCCCGGAGCCGGCUGGACGCCUUCGAUUAUGACUGGUACAAUGUCUCCGAUCAGGCGGACCUGGUGAACGACCUGGGGAACAAAGGCUACCUCGUGUUCGGCCUCAUCCUCUUUGUGUGGGAGCUGCUGCCCACGACCCUGCUGGUGGGCUUCUUCCGGGUGCACCGGCCGUCACAGGAUCUGAGCACCAGCCACAUCCUCAACGGCCAGGUCUUUGGCUCCCGUUCCUACUUCUUCGAUCGGGCCGGGCACUGCGAGGAGGAGAGCUGCUCCUGGGGGCACAGGCGGGGCGAGAGCACCAGGUGCUGGACCCUGGCAGCCACCACCACAGCCUCUACUCCACUCCACAGACGUGAUCCCCUCCACCUGCCCCGAACACUCACACCCCAACCCCCCCACCCAGGCCCCUGUGCCAAGUUCAUCUGCUGCUUCUUGCCCGGGACCCCAGGGGCUGUGGCCACCUCCUCCCCGGCCAGCUCCCUGCCACGUCCGUUGUAGUGAGUCUGUGCUGGUGGGGGCACGGCCCUGCCUGCCAGAUGCGCACGGCACCCUGGCAUGACCUGCGCCUCCGCUUCCGCGCUGGAGCCAGCUACCUCUCCUGUGUCUGCCACUCAAUAAACAGUGUCUGUGCCCCA